AGCAAGUUGUGGCGGUCGAGCUGGGCGUCUAUUGCCUCUCAACUCUAGACCGCCAUGGAUAUCGCGGCAGCAGCGGAGCCAGGCGUCGGCAGCCAGCACCAGGAGGUCCGUGAUGAGGUGGCCGAGAAGUGCCAGAAACUGUUCCUGGACUUCUUGGAGGAAUUUCAGAACAGCGAUGGAGAAAUUAAGUAUUUGCAAUUAGCAGAGGAGCUAAUUCGUCCUGAGAGAAACACAUUGGUUGUGAGUUUUGUGGACUUGGAGCAAUUUAAUCAGCAACUUUCCACUACCAUUCAAGAGGAGUUCUAUAGAGUUUACCCUUACCUUUGUCGGGCCUUGAAAACUUUUGUCAAAGACCGUAAGGAGAUCCCUCUGGCUAAGGAUUUUUAUGUAGCUUUCCAAGACUUACCUACUAGACACAAAAUUCGAGAACUCACCUCAUCCAGAAUUGGUUUGCUCACUCGCAUCAGUGGGCAGGUGGUACGAACUCAUCCAGUUCACCCAGAGCUUGUGAGCGGAACAUUCCUCUGCUUGGACUGUCAGACAGUGAUUAAGGAUGUAGAACAGCAGUUCAAAUACACACAGCCAAACAUCUGCCGAAAUCCAGUUUGUGCCAACAGAAGGAGAUUCUUGUUAGAUACAAAUAAAUCAAGAUUUGUUGAUUUCCAAAAGGUUCGAAUUCAAGAGACACAAGCUGAGCUCCCUCGAGGGAGUAUUCCCCGAAGUUUGGAAGUGAUCUUGAGAGCUGAAGCUGUGGAGUCAGCUCAAGCUGGUGACAAGUGUGACUUUACAGGGACACUGAUUGUUGUGCCUGACGUCUCUAAGCUAAGCACUCCUGGAGCGCGUGCAGAAACUAAUUCCCGUGUCAGUGGUGUUGAUGGCUAUGAAACUGAAGGCAUUCGGGGUCUCCGGGCACUUGGUGUUAGAGACCUUUCAUACAGGCUGGUCUUUCUUGCCUGCUGUGUUGAACCAACAAACCCGAGGUUUGGAGGGAAAGAACUCAGAGAUGAAGAACAGACAGCUGAGAGUAUUAAGAACCAAAUGACUGUGAAGGAGUGGGAAAAAGUGUUUGAAAUGAGUCAAGAUAAAAAUCUAUACCACAAUCUUUGUACUAGCCUUUUCCCUACUAUACAUGGCAAUGAUGAAGUAAAACGGGGUGUCCUUCUUAUGCUUUUUGGUGGUGUUCCAAAGACAACCGGAGAAGGAACCUCUCUUCGAGGGGACAUAAAUGUUUGCAUUGUUGGUGACCCAAGUACAGCUAAGAGUCAGUUUCUCAAGCAUGUGGAGGAGUUCAGCCCCAGAGCCGUCUACACCAGUGGUAAAGCAUCCAGUGCUGCUGGCUUAACAGCAGCUGUUGUUCGAGAUGAAGAAUCUCAUGAGUUUGUCAUUGAGGCUGGAGCUCUGAUGCUCGCUGACAAUGGUGUGUGUUGUAUUGAUGAAUUUGAUAAGAUGGAUGUGCGGGAUCAAGUUGCUAUUCAUGAAGCUAUGGAACAACAGACCAUCUCUAUCACUAAAGCAGGAGUGAAGGCCACUUUGAAUGCCAGGACAUCCAUUUUGGCGGCAGCAAACCCAGUCAGUGGACAUUAUGACAGAUCAAAAUCAUUGAAACAGAAUAUAAAUUUGUCAGCUCCCAUCAUGUCUCGAUUUGAUCUCUUCUUUAUACUUGUGGAUGAAUGUAACGAGGUUACAGAUUAUGCUAUUGCCAGGCGUAUAGUAGACUUGCAUUCAAGAAUUGAGGAUUCUAUUGAUCGUGUGUAUUCCCUUGAUGAUAUCAGGAGGUAUCUUCUCUUUGCAAGACAGUUUAAACCCAAGAUUUCUAAAGAGUCAGAAGAUUUCAUUGUGGAACAGUAUAAACGUCUCCGCCAGAGGGAUGGUUCUGGAGUAACUAAGUCUUCAUGGAGGAUUACAGUGCGACAGCUUGAGAGUAUGAUCCGGCUCUCUGAAGCAAUGGCUCGGAUGCACUGCUGUGAUGAGGUCCAGCCUAAACAUGUGAAGGAAGCUUUCAGAUUACUGAAUAAAUCAAUUAUCCGUGUAGAAACACCUGAUGUCAAUUUAGAACAAGAAGAGGAGGCCCAGAUGGAAGUAGAUGAGAACCCAGAUGGCAUCAAUGGUCAUGCUGACAGCCCUGCUCCUGUGAAUGGGAUCAAUGGCCACAGUGAGGAUAUGAAUCAAGAUUCUGUUCCAAAAGCUUCCCUAAGACUGGGCUUCUCUGAAUACUGCCGAAUCUCUAACCUUAUUGUGCUCCACCUCCGAAAGAUGGAAGAAGAAGAGGAUGAGUCUGCAUUAAAGAGGAGCGAGCUUGUUAACUGGUACUUGAAGGAAAUUGAAUCGGAAAUAGAUUCUGAAGAGGAACUUAUAAAUAAAAAGAGAAUAAUAGAGAAAGUCAUUCAUCGACUCACCCACUAUGAUCAUGUUCUGAUUGAGCUUACCCAAGCUGGAUUAAAAGGUUCUACAGAAGGAAGUGAGAGCUAUGAAGAAGAUCCCUACUUGGUGGUUAACCCUAACUACUUGCUUGAAGAUUAAAGUAUUAAAAGUUAUAGACCAGAGUGGAGAUACUGGCCAUCUAACCCCUGGCCUGGAGCCUGGAACCUGAAUGGAAGAAACGUUACUAGCAAGAGAAGUGUUUCUGGGAAUAGUGCUUCAAGAGAAUUUAUUUUGAAAAGACAGCUGAUGGUUUUGUGUGUCACAUUCCUGUUGCGCUUUUAUACCAACAUGGGCUUUAACAUUUAUUUAGUAUGCUUUUUCUCUAAAUAAAGUUGGACCCAGUAAUGUGUGGAUUCUGUAACUAAAGCUUUCAUUUUCAUGUAUUGGAAAAGAUCUAUUACUCUUAUGGUAUGUGGUAAUCUGAGGAAAUAAUUUUUCCAACUGCCGUUU